CUCAGCCAACCACCAUUACCAGACCUUAAAAAUCAGAACUUCUUCUACAAAGCACACAGUAUUCUCUGAGUUUCAAUCAGAAAAACAAAAACAAAAGCAGAAUUGAAAUGAAAAACCAAGAAAACAGAAACAAAAACAGCAUAACAUGCGAAAACUUACCUUCAUUUCUCUCUUCAUUCGUUGACACUUUCGUUGAUUUCACUGUAACCGACGGCCUAUUUCUCCCAAACACACUUCCUCAAAAUGCCCCUGAAACGCCACCACCAAUGGCCGCCCACUACCCGUCUCCGGAUCGUCUGAUUGCCAUCGGUGAUCUCCACGGAGACCUGGAAAAAUCAAGGCAAGCUUUCAGAUUGGCUGGUUUGAUCGACGGCUCUGAUCGCUGGACAGGUGGGUCCACAACGGUGGUUCAAGUGGGCGAUGUGCUUGACAGAGGGGGUGAAGAGAUAAAAAUUCUUUAUUUGCUGGAGAAGCUGAAGAGGGAAGCUGAGAAAAAUGGAGGUAAAGUUUUGACCUUGCAUGGAAAUCAUGAGAUUAUGAAUGUUGAAUUUGAUUUUAGGUUUGUGACUGAAAAGGGUUUGAAAGAAUUUGAGAAUUGGGGGUUUUGGUAUGGUGCCGGUAACAAAAUGAAGUCUUUGUGUGUUGGUUUGGAUAAGCCUAGGGAUUUGUUUGAUGGGGUGCCUUUAUUUUUUAAGGGUGUGGAUGCAAAGUAUUGGAAUGGCAUUAGGAGUAGGAUGGCGGCGUUGAGGCCGAGUGGACCCAUUGCAGAGCGGUUUUUGAGCAAGAAUGUUACAAUUUUGGUGGUUGGGGAGUCAGUUUUCGUCCAUGGCGGGUUGUUGAAGGAGCAUGUGGAGUAUGGAUUGGAGAGGAUUAAUGAAGAAGUAAGGGAUUGGAUUAAUGGGUUAAGUGGGAGUCGGGCGCCAUGGUAUUGUAAGGGGAGGGAUGCUGUGGUGUGGUUGAGGAAGUUUUCAGAUGAUUAUAAGAAAUGUGAUUGUUCGUUGCUUGAACAUGCUCUAGCAACGAUUCCUGGUGCGAAGAGGAUGAUUAUGGGGCAUACAAUUCAGGAUUUGGGGAUUAAUGAUAUUUGUGAUGGUAAAGCUAUAAGGAUCGAUGUGGGUAUGUCCAAGGGAUGUGGUGAUGGAUUGCCUGAGGUUUUGGAGAUUUUUGGGAACAAGGAAUUGCGGGUCUUGACAUCAAAUCCGUUGUAUCAGAACAAGAACAAAGAUUAUUUGGAUGCUUAUAGGAAGGAGGGGCUUGUUUUUCUGAAACCAGAACAGGGACCUAGACAAGUUGAGGUGAAGGCUUAGUUAUUAUUUAUGCAGUCUCUUGAACAUAAUUGUUUUCCAUUUGUAGCCUGGCAAGAACUAAAUUAUUGGAUGGGGCUCUAGAAUUCUGAAACAUUGAUGUAGGUUAAUUUAAUCAAUACAAAGAUGAAAGAUACUUGAAUGCAUUUUUGAGUAUCGAAUUCUUGAAUUGAGCUUCUGUUGUUAAAUUGUAGUUUCAUUAGGUCUUCUUCGUUGCCCUUCGAAGGAUUAUGUAUAGUCUAAUACUGCUAAGAGUCUUUCACUAUUAGCAAUAGUAAUGAUAAUAAAAACAACAAUUCGAAGAUAACUCAUCAUGAAGUUCUUCACUUCUUCCUUCUAGCAUAUUCUAUGUUUUGCAUUUAGUAUUGUUGCUUUUGUUCUUUGAGCAGUUGCAUGUGAAGUAUAUAGCUAGUUUGUGUUCAUAAUUCAUUGCGCUUUGUUGCCAU